CCCCUGCGUGAGUCACAAGGUCCAGACGUCUCUGCUCCACUUCCCUCUGUGGGCCAGGGCGUACCUCACCUCCCCUUCCCACUGCCAGCACUCGAGUUCCCUCGCUGUCCUGUGCUGCUCCCCUUUCAUCCCCCGGUCCUCUCCUCUCUACGGUGGAUUCAUGCUCAGCUCUCGCCCUCCUCGGUCGCCAUGCAGAACAACCACCACAAGGAGCAUCUCUAUAAGAUUCUUGUGAUAGGGGACCUCGGGGUCGGUAAGACCAGCAUCAUCAAGCGGUAUGUCCAUCACAACUUCAGCCCCAACUACCGAGCCACCAUCGGGGUGGACUUCGCUCUCAAGGUCCUCAACUGGGACCAGGAGACGGUGCGCCUGCAGCUGUGGGACAUCGCAGGUCAGGAGAGGUUUGGCAACAUGACUCGCGUGUACUACCGUGAGGCCAUGGGCGCCUUCAUCGUGUUUGACGUCACAAGGCCUGCCUCCUUUGAGGCCGUCACCAAAUGGAAGGAGGACUUGGAUUCCAAACUUACACUUCCCAAUGGGAAAAAUGUGGCCACUGUGCUUUUGGCGAAUAAAUGUGACCAGGGUCGGGAUGUACUGACUAAUAACGGAAUAAAGAUGGAGCAGUUCUGCCAGGAGAACGGCUUUGUGGGAUGGUACGAGACGUCUGCUAAGGAAAACAUCAACAUUGAUGAAGCAGCCAACUGCUUGGUGAAACACAUCAUUGCCAGUGAGAAAGACAUGCUCCAAUCAGAAGUCUCCGACACCAUCACCCCCCAAUUAGAGAAGGACAAAGGUGGGACAUGCUCCUCCUGCUUCAGAUCCCAGUAACAGCUCCUGACAGCUGGAUGUCCUUUUGUAUCUCAUUACACACAAAGUCGAGUUUGUCUGUGAGCUAGAGACAGAGAGAGAACUACUUUGGCUGUUUUUGAGGAAGAAUGUAUGGGUGCCAACACUUGUCUUCUUCUGGUAGAUUGGUGUGUGUGUGUGUGUGUGUGUGUGUGUGUGUGUGU